AUGUAUAUAGACCUUUUCUUUUUAUCUAUUUCUACUUUAAUAAUUAAGCUACUUUUACUAUACUCCGUAUGCCCAUUGCUGCGUGCCAUAACUCGUGACAAAGUCACAACGGCAAAGCCGAAGCAACGGCGAGAGGCCAUAGAUCACCUUAAAGUCAGAGCAGUCACUUCGGUAUGCUCGUUAGCAGUUCAGAAGAGCGCAUGCUCGUGUCUGUACACAUGUCCAGGGCCAGUCAUCAAGGAUAGUCGCAAAACCAUCAAGAGUAUUGAGACUGAGAUCUCAUGGGUCGUAACAACUUCGUUCAUUACGUACACCAAUAUCGAAUACUAUCCGAUCAUUACAGCCGAAGUCUCACUUCUGACUAGCACUGUCACGCAAGCGGAAAUUGCGACCCAUACGCGGAAGAUCAAAUGCACCCCUUCGGCCAGCGACCCGUCUUUCUACCUCCUAGCAACCGUUGCGCCGGUCCCAACACCGGUCCCAGUGUACAACGGCAAAUACGUGCUCGCGAACCCGCAGUUCGAAUUGUUCACAGAGAAUGGCGUCUUGUUCGAGCCGCAGUAUACCCCGGACAAGGGCACCGCCAGCGUCUUCAUCCUCGAUAGCAAAGGCCGCAUCGUCACGCAAACAUCCUACGGCGAUCACUUCUUCGCCAGCGAUGACUAUAAUGACUUCGAGCUGAUGCACAUCCUGCCCCGUGGAUGGAUCCAGGCGCGCAGAGGUCACAAUGGCGAGGAUGCCGGAUUCGACUAUGUCUAUUGCACGAUGCAGCCUCCGUCGGGGCGAUAUGUUGGUGGAUUCAAGGAGUUGGCAUGCACGCAGGGGUACUUCAAUGCGACGGUCUUGCAGUAUUGUCCGUUAUAUGACGAGUAUUUCCACACAGGAACGGUGCUUGGGGCGGAGUACAGUGCUACAACUCCUGGUUGUCUGCUGGUGACAUACUUGGUGGUUCCCGUUUGCUGA